UUCCCCCGGUCUUAUCCGCCCGACGAAAUGGAAGCCUGCGCCUCCACCAGCCGCGUCCUCCUCCCUUUCCCUCCCCGCGCCGCGCGGCCGGCGGCGGCCGCCUGCCCCCGGCGCCGCCGGUCGGUGGCCGACCGGAGGAGAGGGGUGCGGCUGGUCCCGGCCCGCGCGUCGCUCGACAGCGCCGCGGUGCUCCUCGACGCCGCCGCCGCCGUCGGGGCGGGGACGGGGACGGGGUACUCGCAGGCCAGCUACUACACCUCGCUGGGGCUCUUCGUGCUCUCCGUGCCGGGGCUCUGGUCGCUCAUCAAGCGCUCCGUCAAGUCCAAGAUUGUGCAGAAGACGUUCGUCAGGGAGGAAGGGCAGCCGACGGCGCCGAGCCUGGUGGCCGGGGAGAUCCUCUCCUUCUUCACGCGCAACAGCUUCGCCGUCUCCGACCGCGGCGAGGUCAUCACCUUCGAGGGCUCAAUGACACCAAGCAGCGCUCAGGCAGCACUGCUGACCUUCUGCACCGUCAUUAGCCUGGGGAGCGUCGGGCUUGUUCUGUCGAUCGCAGUCCCAGAAGGCGGCAACAACUGGUUCUGGCUCAUGACCUUAAGCCCCUUGGCGGGAGUGUACUACUGGACAAAAGCAUCGAGGAAAGAGGAGAUCAAGGUGAAGAUGGUCUUGUCCGACGACGGGAACAGCGUGUCCGAGAUUCUGGUGCGGGGCGACGACGUGCAGGUCGAGCAGAUGAGGAGGGAGCUCAAGAUGAGUGAGAAGGGGAUGAUUUACGUGAAGGGGAUAUUCGAGACAUGACCGAUAGCUUUGAUGUCUGGAGUAUAGUGACCAAGCAAGCAGUUCAAAGCAGGCUUUCCUGUGAUGCGGUGCAAAAUGAAGGUGGGAGAGGAGGUGAGGGUGGGUUUUGGUAAUCCACGGGCAAAUCUGUGUCUUGGCUUCGAGAAAUAGAGAUGGUUUUUGUCGGGAAUUCGGUAUGGCUCCUAGGUCCAAAUGAUCCCAGUAUCUGUACCCUGUUUGUAUAUCAACUACGUACAUAGGAGUUUAACAUGCUUUCCGCACUCUCACUUGUCUGUAUACUAUUCAUCUUUGUGCAGAACAUUCCCUUGGAAUAUGGCUCAAACCCAUUUAUUCCUUACAUCAUAAAGUUGGGUCAUGUUCUUUGAAUUA